AUGCUCGACAAAUAUAAAGAGUCAGAAUAAUGGGUAGACAAAGUCCUAAAAUAUGAUUCAAACUAUGUUAAUGCGUUGCGAUGCAAAGGUGAAUAUGUUUAUAUCAUUUUUAAGGAGAAUGCUUAAAUAACACAAUCAGACUUUAUUUAUUCUUUAGAUAUUUGGUAUGAAUAAAUUAUAACAAUACUAGUGUAAAGUUUAUCAAUCAUUUCGAUCUUAGAUCUAUAUUCAAGUUUGGUAUUUUUGAAAAGGCAAUUAUUUUUGCUGAUCAGAUACUAGAAAUCUUCCCUAAUCAUAUAGAUAUAUUGCUUUGUAAAGGUUAGCAAAUUUAAAAUAAUCUAAGCUCAUAGUUAAAGAUUGCUUGGGAAAUUUAAUGAGGCCUCACUUUCUCAAAAAGGUUUUUCAUUCAAUUACGCUAAGGUCUGUGUCUAUAAGAGUUAUAAUGAUAUUAAGAGGCUAUUAUUUGUUACUAGAAGGCUUUAAAGAUCCAGCCAAAUAAUGGAUGGACUUUUUGUAGAAAAAAAUAAUGUGAAGAGGCACUGA